AUGUCUGCCACCAUCACCAUCGCGCAGCCUGGACCGACACUGUAUAUCAGGUCAGACACUGAAACUUUUCCAACACCCUUGGAACUCUCUGGCGCUCUAGAUUCUUUUAGACAUGUUGAGUCGACACCUGUCAUCGGUCGUGAAUACCCCGAGGUGAACCUUGUGGACGACAUCCUCAACGCCAGGAACGCAGACGAGCUCAUCCGAGACCUAGCAAUUACCAUCAGUCAAAGGGGCGUGGUCUUCUUCCGGGCACAAGACAACUUGACCGACGACUUGCAUAAACUCCUGACUCAGCGACUUGGAGAGCUUGUUAACAAGCCUCGAGACUCGACUCUUCAUAUUCACCCACUGCUAAAUGGAACAACCGAGUUUGGCGUUCCUGACAACGAGAUCAGCAUCAUCUCUUCAGAAGGGUUUAAAAAGUAUGCGCCACAGCAGCAGGAGCCCGACCGCGAUAACCGCAAGGCUGGCGCAGCAUCUUGGCACAGCGAUAUCCAAUUCGAGCCUUUCCCAGCCGACUACACAAGCUUAAGAUUGACUGAGUUGCCUCCAACAGGCGGGGAUACGUUAUGGGCAUCGGGUUAUGAGCUAUACGACCGGUUCAGUGACGCAUAUCGUCGGUUUUUGGAGGGUCUGACCGCAACAUUCAGCGGGGAUGGCUUCCUUAAGGCGGUUGCAGAUCGUCCUGAUAAGUUCCAAGUCUAUAAAGAGUCGCGAGGAAACCCCGCAAACAUUGGUGACGAAUUGAAGGCCGUGCACCCCGUUGUACGUACCAAUCCAGUGACGGGCUGGAAGUCUAUUUAUGCUGUAGGGAACUUUCCGCGACGUAUUAACCAGCUGAGCAAGCGUGAGAGUGAUGACCUGUUGAGGCUAUUUUAUCAGAGAAUUGAAGAGAAUCAUGAUCUUCAGGUUAGAUUUAAAUGGGUGAAUAAGAACGAUAUUGCAUUCUGGGAUAACCGCAGCGUUUUUCACAGCGCAACAAACGACUAUGACAACUUGGGCGCUCGGGUUGGUCAUCGUGCUGUUGGAAUUGGAGAGAAGCCAUACUUCGAUUCACGAAGCAAAUCAAGAACCUCGGACCUGUUAAGCAAGUAA